AUGGUUUAUAAUGCUGAAAUGGAAGCUGUAUCAAUGCCAACAAAUCAUCUACCAUUUCUAUCCGUUCAGCAGCCCAACACUGUUCAACAGCAUCCUUAUCCUAUUCAACAGCAUCCAUAUCCUGUUGAACAACUGCCUAACCCUAUUCAACAACAGACUAACCCUGUUCAACAACAGUCUAACCCUGUUCAACAACAGUCUAACCUUGUUCAACAAUCAUAUGUAGCUUUUCAGCCACAGUAUACUGAUCUUUCUUAA